GGCGGGGCACGUUCGUGGUUACGUCACUCGAACGUAUAAAUAAAGGGCAAGCCGCCGGUUCUCCGAGCGACGCUUCGUGUUUAUAUUUUUGUGGGUGACUGAGACGUGAAAACACGACACCUGAGGGCGCUACCAUACAGGUGCAAUGGCACGUACAAAGCAGACAGCAAGGAAAUCUACCGGAGGAAAAGCUCCGAGGAAGCAGCUGGCCACUAAAGCUGCACGCAAAAGUGCGCCAUCUACCGGCGGAGUGAAGAAACCCCACCGAUACCGCCCCGGUACCGUGGCUCUUCGAGAGAUCCGUCGGUACCAAAAAUCCACCGAGCUGCUGAUCCGCAAGCUGCCCUUCCAGCGCCUGGUGAGGGAAAUCGCCCAGGACUUCAAGACCGAUCUCCGCUUCCAGAGCGCUGCCAUCGGGGCCCUGCAGGAGGCAAGUGAGGCAUACCUGGUGGGUCUCUUUGAGGACACCAACUUGUGUGCCAUCCACGCCAAGCGCGUGACCAUCAUGCCCAAGGACAUCCAGCUUGCCCGGCGAAUCCGUGGCGAACGUGCUUAAACAACCUGCUCUCUAUCUGUAUUUUUAAUAAUUUUUUUGGAAGGGGAGGGGGGGCAGGAUCCAGGGCUGGUUCUUACUCUUGACUACAUGCUCGUUAUAGUUUUAAGCUUACUUUUGUACUUUUUCUUUUAUUUGAGUAGUGACGGUAGGGGAGGGGGUCAUCGUGUGGUUCUUGGGUGCGGCAGUAAGGGGUGGCGUCAGAACAUUCCGGGAGCUCCUCUCAGGGUUUUAAAGUUUGUAUUUUAGACUUUGGUAUACCUCUUACCUGUGCGCUCUAGUCUGCAUGCUACAUGGUGAAUUUAUUAGGAUGUGUCCAUUUUAUUUUUCUCUUUCAUUGUGGCCAUCUGGUUGUAAAUAAACUUUCCACUACCUCA